CAAACCGUUUCGUCUACGAUGCGUGCACGCACAAACACACUCUGUUUUUACUUGCGCCGAGUGUCAUUCCGAGUGUUCUUAGCUUCCAAAUCAAAAGCCAGAGCAGACACAAUCUCAGCACUUGGAAACCCAAGACAAAAACUUUUGCAGAAGUUGGUGGUGAAAGUGAAUCUCCAUAAUGACAGAGACAGGAGCAAGGCCAUGCAAGUAGUUUCUGGUUUUGGAGGGAUUGGGUCUCUGAAUAUGGACAUGAACGACAGCAAACUGACGGUAUCAGGCGAUUUCGACCCGGUCAAGGUGGUGAACAAACUGAGGAAAUCUUGGCCCACAGAAAUCGUGAGUGUCGGACCAGCUAAGGCAGAUGAUGGCAAGAAGAACGAAGAUCUUGUAAAAGCCUAUGAGGCAUACUAUUCCCCGCCGCUUACAUAUUACUACAUGCCCCAUGAAGAAACCCCGAAUUGUGUUAUAUGUUGAAAUUCUUGGUGCUUCCAGACCAAAUCAGGACUUGGCCUGUGCACCGGAGAGGAUUGAAUAAGGUUGAUUAUGCCUUAUGAAAACUACAACAAGUGUACCCUUUUUAGGAUAUCAGACCUUUUAGUGCGUCUUUCGAUUUUCAUUUGUACAAAGGGUUUCUCUGUCGGAGAGAUUGGUUUUCAGUUGAGGAACUCAAAGGCAUGGAAGAGCCAUGAUGUACUUCAUUUCAGCUAGCAGCAGUUGCAGUUAGCUGAUGAGCUUAGCUGG